GAUGUUGACACGUCGACGGCGACGCAUUUCUUGUAUUGUGGUUAGCUCAGAUUUUUCAUUGACAAAACACAACAAAUUCAUAUUUUGUUUAGCAGAAAUGGUUUAAUUCUGUAUAAAUCAAUCCUUUACAUCAGUAAACUUUUAAAAGACUUGUUAAUACGGUGCCGUCAUGGGUGUUCCAGCAUUUUUCAGGUGGCUGAGUAGGAAAUAUCCAUCAGUAAUCGUCCCUUGUGUUGAGCAAAAGCCAGUUGAUAUUAAUGGGGUCAGAGUACCAGUAAAUUCGGCAGAACCGAACCCCAAUGGGGUCGAAUUUGAUAAUUUAUAUUUGGACAUGAAUGGGAUCAUCCAUCCAUGCACUCACCCUGAAGACAGACCGGCGCCAAGAAACGAGGACGAGAUGAUGAUUGCUAUUUUCGAUUGCAUAGACAGGUUGUUCCGCAUAGUGAGACCUAGAAAACUGCUGUACAUGGCUAUAGAUGGUGUUGCUCCUAGGGCAAAAAUGAACCAGCAGCGCUCAAGACGGUUCAGAGCAUCCAAGGAGACACAAGAAAAGAUACAAGAGAUCAAAAGGAUCAGAGCAGAGUUGAUUUUGAAAGGAUGCCAGUUGCCUCCAGAGAAGCCCAAAGAAGAACAUUUUGAUUCAAACUGUAUCACACCUGGUACACCAUUCAUGGCAAGGUUGUCAGAGUGUCUGCACUACUAUGUCCAUGAGAGGCUCAAUAAUGAUCCUGGUUGGAAAGGCAUCAAGGUCAUUCUGUCUGAUGCCAACGUUCCCGGGGAAGGCGAACAUAAAAUAAUGGACUACAUCAGAAGACAGAGAUCUCAGCCUGACCAUGAUCCCAAUACCCAGCACUGCCUAUGUGGUGCUGAUGCUGAUCUCAUCAUGUUGGGACUUGCCACACAUGAACCAAAUUUCACCAUCAUCAGAGAGGAGUUCAAACCGAAUCAGCCAAAACCUUGUGAGAUUUGUGGACAAUUAGGUCAUGAAAUGAAAGACUGCAUUGGCGGCAGCAGGUCAGAACACGAGAAGCCAGCAGACCUUCCCAUAUCAGCGGAGACCGAUUUCAUUUUCGUACGAUUGAACGUCCUGAAAGAAUAUCUUGAAAAAGAACUCUUUAUGCCUAACCUUCCUUUUAAAUAUGAAUUUGAAAGGGCUCUGGACGAUUGGGUGUUCAUGUGUUUCUUCGUGGGAAACGAUUUCUUGCCACAUUUGCCUAGCCUGGAGAUCAGAGAGGGGGCUAUUGACAGGUUGAUCAGGUUAUAUAAGGACUGCGUCUAUAAAACUGGGGGUUAUCUAACAAAUAGCGGGGAUGUAAACCUGGAAAGAGUUCAGAUGAUAAUGUUGGAACUAGGCAAAGUAGAAGACGAAAUUUUUAAGAAUAGACAGCAGCGUGAACUUCAGUUCAAAGCGAGAGACAAGGCGAAAAAAAGGAGGGACGCUUAUAAUGAACACAGGCCGAAUAUGACAUUUUUAAGGGGAACACAGUUUGAGCCUCAGGCCAUAGGCCAACAACAGACACUGACGAACGUGAAACAAGAAGCGCACAACAUACGCAGGGCCGGCAUGAAUUCUAACAUGGAUGCUAAACUUAAAACCACUAACAGUAAAACAGCAUUAGAGGCGAUGAUGUCUCCGACAGACUCGAAGGGGCAAAAGAGGAAGAUUGAGGACGAUGAAGAUGAUUCAGAUGACGAUCAAGCGCAUGAUGAAGUUCGGUUAUGGGAGGACGGAUUCAAAGACAGGUACUACGAGUCCAAGUUUGACGUGGGACCACAGCAAUUAGAAUUUAGAUAUUCCGUCGCUUUACAAUACGUAAGAGGGCUGUGUUGGGUCCUCAAAUACUAUUACCAAGGAUGUGCUUCAUGGAAAUGGUAUUUUCCGUAUCAUUACGCUCCAUUCGCAUCAGAUUUCUGCAAUAUAUCGGGAUUGAGUACAGAAUUUGAAGCCGACACCAAACCGUUCAAUCCAUUGGAGCAAUUGAUGGGUGUGUUUCCAGCAGCUAGUAGUAAGCACGUACCUGGAGUAUGGGCCGAGCUUAUGUCUGAUCCGGACUCACCAAUAAUAGACUUCUACCCAGAAGACUUCAAGAUCGAUCUAAACGGCAAGAAAUUUGCGUGGCAAGGCGUCGCUUUACUGCCGUUCGUCGACGAAACGCGUCUUUUCAAAGCUUUGGAGCCUUACUACAAGAAACUCAGCAUGGCAGAGCGUAAACGCAACAUGCGUGGCGAUGACAGAUUAUACGUCUCGGUUAAACACAAAGGAUACGAUAUGCUGAGUGGACUGUAUAAGCAGAAAGUCGAAGCUAACGCUGAAUGUGCUGUGUCUCUAGAUGGCAUGAGGGGAACUGUGUUAAUUUCGGAAGUCUGCGUAACAUCUGGGGGCGUUUUGGAGUCGCCCGUAAAAGAUUUGGCACCUUUGACGGACAACAUAGUAUGCUGCGUGAGGUUUCGCGACCCCAAAUAUGCCAGAGGUUUCGUAUUUCCAGCUAGAAAACUCAAAGGCGCCAAGGAUCCACCUAAAGUGCUGAAACCUGAAGACUUGACACCCGAUCAGAACAGGAGAUGGAGACCUCAAAUCGGAAUGGCACCUGCAACUCAAAGAGCAUAUUUAGACCCUGCCGGGCAUAGAAUGGUAAACCAUCACGCGAAACAACCGGGUAUGUACAGUAAUAUGCCUCCUCCAUCAGGACUAGACAAUAGAAGAGGAUACCAGGGCCGGGGCCACCAAACAUCCUACAACAACCAAGGAUACCAGGCACAAUCACAUUCCUCUUACGGGCAGUAUAACAACCAGUGCAACAACAAUCCCUACAACCUACAAGCCCAGUACCACUCCAACAACUAUGCUGGUGGUUCGAACAACUAUAGUAGUGCCUUCAACAAUUAUGGCGGUGGGAGUAGCACAGCUGGAAGAGGAGGUUAUGGCGGUUAUCAAAAUCAAAGGAAUGACAGAGAUCAAGGUCAACGCGGAAGACCUCCAGGGCCAUAUAGGGACAGAUAUGAAGUGAACAGGUAUAGUGCCAGGAGAUAAUGCGGUAAAAUAAAGGUAGAAAAACAGUGUUGCUUUGGGGAAAAUAUUCUAGUGUUUUAAAAAUAUCACAAGGGCUUGAUAUAAUUUCUUUAAUGACUGGAUACUCUACCAGGCAUUUGAAGACAUGUAGGUGGUCUUUCAACACUAAAUUAUUUUUCUCGGAGCUGUUUGUAAGAAUCUGCUUAAUUUUUAUGACCUGUAUUUGUAUGACUAGAGACGACUCAUGGAAUGUACAAAGACUUUAUUAGAUUUUUGUGUUUUGGGGAUACCAUCUUAGAAUAAUAAACCAUCUAUGCAAAUCAUUCCUUUUAAUGAUUAUGUAGAAUUCGUUUUAAUUUUCACGAAUUCGUUAUAUGAAUCUAUUAUUUUGAUUGGAUUAGAACUAACGUUUUUACGGGAUACAAUUAUGAUAUUUCAAGAACUUUCAGUAAAUUAGAUAGGUGUAUGUUAAACAUGUUCAGUAUUCAGUUAAAAACAAAGGUUGACAAUUAUCAUGAAAGCUACUGCGAAGGCUACCUUUCUUGAUUUCCCUACAUGUGUAUGGCUUAUUUCUUAAAAGAGCCCAUGAUCUAUUGUUUUGUUCUUAUGUUGAACUUUUCAUGCUAUAAUAGUUGCUUCGACGAUAGCUCACAUUUCAUUUUAAAAAAAGUGUUCAUAAAAUAGCAAUAUCAUUUGCGAAUUCAGACGAAAACGAAGCUUGUAAAUUGAAUGUCUCUUUUAGGUAAUAAGUCAAUGUGAAUUGUGGUUAUACUAUGAAUAUUUUAUUGACCCAUCUUUCUGGAAUUAUUAUGGAUACACACUCGAAACACAAAUAGUAGCUGAUGCUAUACAGUCCAAACAGCUAGGUCCCAAAUUGCAAUAGAAAAUGUCAUCUACUUCGACCUCAUUGAUUUAAAUAACAUAACGUGGAAAUUAUGAAAAAAUAUAUAUAUAUAUAUGUAUAUAACAAAAGAUAAUGUAUUGGUAUAAUUUAGUGUUGAUAAAAUGCUUAUUCAUUUUUGAUUAAUGUAACAUCUGAAACGUAUCCUGUCAAAAAUGUUAUGUACUGAACCAUUGUGAAAAAUAGCAAAUGUAUGUGGUUUCAUUGGCCAUACAAAUAUUGUAUAAGUUUGUAUUUAUAGUUUUUUUUUGUUUCAACAUAACGCCCGAAUUUACUAUUUUUUAAACAUCAGUUCUUGCUAUUAAAGUUAGGUACAUUGGAAGUGUCAUUGUGUAUUAGUACCUUGUUGGUAUAAUUUUUUACUCAAUGUACUUUUUAUUUUUAUUUCAAAAUAUAAAAUGUGGAAUCUAACAAAAUAUUUUCAUUACAUCUCUUCUAUCAAGC